AUGGAGGAAAGAACGCAAGGCUACUAGUAUAUAUUAACAUGCUAGGGUUAGGUUUAAGUUGAGAAUACGAAAGAGUCGAUCAAAAUUUCUAGUCUCCCUAUAAUAAUUUUAAUUUUUUUAUAAUUUGAAGAAUGAUGAAAAAGAGGCAAGUGGUGGUGAGAAGGAACACCGGUGGAUCAUCGACGAGGACAAGGAACAUACGAUACGUUGAAUGUCAGAGAAACCAUGCGGCAAAUAUCGGAGGCUACGCCGUCGACGGCUGCCGUGAAUUCAUGGCAAGUGGAGAAGAUGGGACCACCGCCGCCCUUACUUGUGCAGCUUGUGGAUGCCACCGGAAUUUUCACCGGAGAGAAGUUGAUGUCGGCGAAGUUGUUUCUGAGUCUUAUUAGCGAUCAUGUUUCGUCAAAAACAAAAUUAUUGAAUUAAAGGUGAGUUUUAUUAAUUAAUGUAUCAGAGUUGAUAAAAUUUCAUUGUGGUUUGUGCUUGAAUAUUUGUGUAUAAUUUGAUGUACAAAAUUGAUGAAUUUCCAGCUAAAAGAAGAAUCUUUCUUGUAACUCAAACAAGAUUUAUAAAAAGUAUUACUCAUCAGAAGAUUUUAUUUA